AUGGAUACGAUGAGCACAGUUAGCAGUGCUACCAUCAGUCGUAGCCAAUCGGGCAUACUGGAUUCUCAAAGCAAUCCACUCUUAGAUCGCUACCUGAAUAAAAAUUACAUAAAUGAUUUAAUGAACAAUGUUUUCCAACAUUACUUAUUUCUAUCGGAAACUGAUAGUAAUUCUCAUAUCCAUUUCCAACUUGGCUACAUCUAUCAUCAUGGCUUCGGAUCGGUACCUAAAAAUUUAAACAAAGCAUUUUAUCAUUACCAGCUGGCUUCUGAUGCAAAACAUCCAGCAGCACAAUAUAUGUUGUAUAAAUUAUAUGGGAGUGAUCCUGCUAAAAGCGAUUGCUAUGUUCGAAUUGUUAGUGAAGAUGAAUUGGUCGAUUUAAAAGUGCGCACUUAUGUUAAAUCAGCAGCACAAGAUAAUCACUACUGUAAAGCCAAUUUAACCUUAUGGAAAGCCUAUCGUAAAUCUCAAUUAUGGCAUGAUAUCAUCAAUCGAGCUGUUGAACGUUAUAAGCAAAUUUUAACCGAUGUCAGUGAAGGCCGUCGAACGAUGGAAACCGAUCAAUUAGCUGAAACUUACAACGAAAUCGGCUAUCUAACGGUGCAGUUAAACUUAAAUAAUAGCGCUAGCAUUUAUCGUCGUGCUAUGGAUUAUUUCACUCGUGCUUGCCAAUUAGGGAAUGGUGCUGCCUAUUUCAAUGUUGGCUGUAUGAUGUAUCAUAAUAGUUUCGGUGUUAAACGCGAUGAAUUAAAGAUACAAGAAUAUUGCUUGAAAGCAGCAGAACGGCAUCAUCCUCGGGCUUUAUAUGUAUUAGCGCGACAAAAAUUAAAUCCACGCAUUAAUUGUGAAGAUGAUUGCUUACUCGCCUAUAGCUAUUUAAGAGAUUCUUGCACCUAUCGUUAUUCAUCGACAUUAUUAGAAUUAGGUUAUGUCUAUUUAAUGGGGAUUGGUGGGCAAAUGAAAAAUUUCAAUAUCGCAAGGCAAUUCUUUGAAGAAGCUGCAGUCGCUUUCGAUUAUACCGAUAGUUUUGGUAAUAUUCGCGCAUUUCAUGUCUUAGGUUAUAUGUAUGAGCAAGGAUUAGGCUGUGAUAUCGAUUAUUCACGCUCUGCUUGUUAUUAUGCCUAUGCUGCGCGCAAAAAUAGCUACGAAUCUUACUGUAAAUUAGCCAAAUUAAUUGAAAAAAAUCGUAUACCAAGUCGCGAUGUCAAUGAUGCAAUCCAAUUAUAUCAAUUAGCCAUCGAUGCUAGCUAUCAUGCUGUUGGUUAUGCAAAUUAUCGUUUAGGUAAAUUAUAUUGUCGAGAAGGGGCAGCAUAUUAUGAUGAUCGAUUAGCAUGUAAGCAUUUUGUGGAAGCUUUUCGUUAUUAUGAUGAAGCAGUACGACAAAAGGAGCCAACAGCUGGCCAAUGUUAUCAUAUUGGAGUUAUGUAUCAAUAUGGUUAUGGUGUGAAAGCCGAUGGUGGUAAAGCGAUCGAUUUCUAUCGCUUAGCCAUGAAUUGUGCUGGCUUAACUUAUAACAUCUUGGAUAAAUGGUAUGGUAAGAAAGCCAAACGUCAAUAUGAUCAAUAUUUAACGCGUCAAGAUCAUGCUAAUCAAGAAGAAAACGGACAAGAUGAUCGCCACAAUUCAAAUUAUAAUUCUGAUCGACCUAAUCGACCGAUCUUGUCCGCUUUUACUGAUGCUGCGGAAAUGAGGCAAUCACUCAAUGAUUUAGAUGGUUUCCGUCUUGAUUCCAAAGGUCUCCAGGUGGAACAAAUUGAAUUAUUACCCCUGCUAUCUCUUUACGAUCAAUGUGAAAAUUUAUCCACUGAUCCAUCUGAAAUACCAUCCAUUUUAGAUGAAAAAUUAACCACCGAAUUUCAAUCCUUAGCUGCUGAUAACCUUCAAGUCAAGGAUAUCUUCCUGGAAGGUUAUAUCCAAUUAUUAAAAGAAGAAAUUGUUAAUCUUGAUAAUCAACAGCGUAAUAUUGAUACUGCUAUUGAAAAUUUAAAAACCAACUUAACAAGUGAUGAGAGAGAUACCAGCCAAGAAUUAGCUCGUUUAAUUCAGGAAUCAGAAGAUUACACUAAAAUUAGGAAUGAUAAAAUGAAAAAAAUCUCCAAUCUACAACAUGUCCAAAAUUAUCCUCCACUAUGUACAUUCUAUCAUAGUUGUCGAUUAUCCUUAAUUAAAGCAUUAUUAAUACCUUCCCUCGAGCGAUUAGAUACAAGUGGUGAAAUCUUUUUCGAUCCUACUGUUAACAUGGAAUUGAAAACUAUUUCAAGCCAGUUAUUACUCUCCGAUAAUAAUAGUCCAUCCUUAGCUAAAAAAUUAACUGCAUCACCAACGCCUUCAUCAUCAUCAGCAGCAGCAGCAUCCUCUUCUUCAACCCACCGCCAUCGAUUAUCGCAUCCCUCUCGACAAGAGCGAUUAAAAAUAACACGAAUUGGUCUACAACGUGUGGAGAAAAUUGCUGACAAAAUUGCUCGAAUGUUAACACUUAGUUACGAAAAUCAAUUAUUAUGUGUUACUAGUUGUGGUGCUAAAUUAUUAGGCCAAUGUGCACUUGAAUUUGUCCAAUGUUAUUUACCUCACCAAUAUGAUCAAUCAGAACCAUUACCAGCAUCUGUGGUAGAAUUCGAUGAAUGGAUCAUUCAUACAUUUAUUCAAGGUAUUACUGCCAAUAAUCAUGAAACCGAGCAAACUUUACCCGUCAGCAAUCGACGAGUACCUUGUGUUGUGAUGGGGACGGAAUGGACAGUUUAUGGAGUCUUUAAGAAGCCAAGCUUGAUGACGAGUGAUGGUGAUUACUUUGCCACUUCCACAUCGGAUCCAGCAAAGUAUGGCUACCGUUAUGUCAACCGUAAAGAAUUGGAACAAAUUAAAUUGCAAACGCAAGAAAUUGAGGUAACCAUCACAACACCAGCAUCGACAACAUUAUCAUCAUCGUCUUCUACAAGUGUUGAUUUAUCCUUAGCUGUACAAGAGCAGUCAACAACAACAACAAGCAGCAAUCAGCUAUUAGCGACACCGACAACAGUGCAAGAAAUGUCGACAAGCCGUAUCUUAGCUCGUGAGAAUGAUUUAUUAAAUCAACAAGUUUGCGAAUUAAUGAAUGAAGUCCAAAAAUUGAAGAAAUCGGCCUACAAUGCUCAAGACGAUGUCGAUGCAAGCAAUGAAUCACAACAGCUAACAAGCAACGAUAAAAUAUUGCAACCGUUAUUACAAGAAGUCAAGCAAUUACGUAGCGAUGUUAAUCUCUUGAAGAAAAUUUUAAUCUCCAAAGCGUCAUCGGAUGAACAGCAAGAUUUAGCCAAUUUAGUGCGAGAAUUAGCCUUGACGAGGAGCGAUACAGCCGAAACAUUAUCCGGUAUGUUUCUAUUCUGUCUACUGUAA